CCACCGCCUAGUGCAGAGACGCUGUCACAGAUGUCCACUGGAGAGGGCGAACAUUCACCGCUUUGUGCAGAGCAGAGUAAUCCCUCGAAUGAUGUUAGCGACAGUACUACCGACAGUAGCGAGGCUGCAACACCCCUAACGGGUCCCAAGCUAAUGAUGCACAUGCCUUCUGAAGGCCGCCCUAAUGUUGAACUUCACAACGCUGGUGGGGCAGGUUCGGAGAGCGACUCUGGCAGCUCUGUCUGCAGUAAUUCUGAGGAACGCAGAAGCUAUCACUUGAGUGAUAUUCAAACAGGUCUAAGGUCAUGGGCCAUCCGCAAUAGCAUAGCGCUGUCUUCUGUGACAUCCCUGCUAAAAGUACUUCGCAUGCAUCCCUAUUACGAAGAUCUGCCGAAGGAUGCUCGAACCCUGAUGCGAACUCCUCGAAAUCCAGGUCAGCAGAUAUCUCGUAUGGCACCUGGUGAAUAUUGUCAUUUCAGCUUAAACUCAGGUCUCAAGGACGCUUUACGUCAAAGAACAGUUUUGCCAUCACAUGUUGAGCUUUCCUUUAAUAUCGACGGGCUUCCUUUGGCAAAAAGCUCAAAAACUGAGAUGUGGCCCAUCCAAUGUCUGGUGAAAGGUGGAAAUUCCCCACCAUUUCUUGUUGGCGCCUAUUGUGGACGAUCGAAACCGCUUUCCCAAAAUGAGUUUUUGAAACGUUUUGUUGAGGAACUGCAGGAUCUACUUCGUGAAGGCAUUACAAUAAAUGGCAAGGUCGUUCAUAUGAAGAUGCAAUACGCUAUUGUUGAGUUCGUUGAAACCAAGGAAGUUGAAGUCGUCCCAUGUUCAUGGAUCCGUGGGAACAAGUGCCUGUGGCCAAAUCGGCCAUCAAAUAAAGUGGUGCGAAUGGUUAAGAAGGGGUCUCCCCCGGGGAUGGACUGUGCCGAAUACAACGCACAAGUUAAAGGAAUAUUCGUGUCGUACCGUGAUGCAAGGUUGAAGCUCCCUAUUUCUGAAUUAACCUCAGACAUGAACUCGGAUGUUCCGGCAAAGAGAAGGAGGGUGCCAAAAGUAAUCGAAAGUGAAGACGACUUCCCGCCUGUGCCUGGGAGCUUUAUCUUGGCUGCUAAAGAGGCCACGACGAGGCAAGGUGAACAUCUGUCUGCUACCACACAUCCGUGGAAGGAUACUGCAGGGCCAUCCUCGCGGCGCUCUCCAAGAUCGGACAUUUCAAGCGAUGCAGAUGAUUGUCGCACAGGAACACCAGCACACACUCCUGUGCCCCUUGCAGUACCAUCUCCACCUGGCAUUAUGGAAAGUGAUGAUAUUUCUGUUGCACGAAGUGAGACCAUGCACUCCUCAGCGACCAGCACGGAUGAUAGACCACUGCCCCGGCGUUCACGAAGUGAGACUGUGCAGCCCUCUGUGCGCAGCAUAGAUGAAAGGUCAAUGCCCCUACGUGCACAAAGUGAGACCAUGCACCCCUUGGCGACCAGCAUGGAGGAGAGACCACUGCCCCGGCGUUCUCGAAGUGAGACUGUACAGCCUGUUGUUCCCACCAUAGAGGAAAGACCAAUGCCCCUACAUGAAUUCCAACGUCAAGUGCUCCGUAUGCUAAACAUUAUUAGACUCAACCAGCAGCAACAAGAUGAUGUUCUUCAUAGCCUUGUGCCUUCAAAGAUUGCUGCAGUAGUGGCAGACGACGCCCUCGUUGUUCCGAAGCCACUUGACUCCAUCGAGCAGCUGCAAGAAUUUGAAAACGGACUCACAUCUGAAACCGAGAAAAAGCUGGUUGUUGAGCUAGCACAGCUGGGUCGAAGCACCUGCAAAAUGGCCGUCAAGCGCAUGCUCUGCCACCUCCUAACAAAUAACCUGGGAAUGCUGUACAGUUGGCUAGGUAACAAAGGAAAGGAGAGGUUCAGGGAUCUUAAGACGGUCAACAUCAUUUUGCGUGCAGUUCGACAAAUAAGAAAACUGGAAAAGACAACAGAGUACGAGGUGGAGACCGAAGUUAAAUCCUGGCUCCGUCAUGCUAAGGAGCGUCACGGCAGACUGCAGAAAGAUUAAAGUCGACACUCCUUGGUAGUCACGUGCAGGUCCAAGCUUAAAAGGGGAGUCCAACUGCAAGGGUGAAAUGGCAUGGCUCACCUCUCGGGUUCACUUCUGAGCGAAAGUUAAUUUUCUUCUGUUCAGCAUCAUCACCUUCGCUAUCCACACCAAAACCACUGAGUGCAGCCUCAUUUCGGUGGCAUCUGGACCUUGGCACACUGUGUGUAAUGUUUGAAUUUGGACUGUACUAUUUUGACAUUCCUGUAUUUUGAGGCGAAAAUCAGUUUCCUGUGCCUUACCCAUUUUGCUUCCUCUUAGCCCCUUGAAAUUUGUUAUGACAUUCUUCUACGCUUCGGGAAUGUGCAUUCUAAUGUGCGUGUCAUUGCCCAUUUGCAUUCAUAUGUAUGUGGUUUGCGGUUUGUCUUCGUGGUCAACAGUAAUGGUUCACUUGGUUAUUUCGUUAACGUUUUCUGGUUCAC